AUGUCACAAGCUCUUGACUUAUCCCUAUUGAAGGGGUCCCCUGAGCAAAGGGAUGCGGUCUCAGCAGCUCUGCUCGACACACUCAAGACGCGUGGGGUGGCCAAGCUAAAGAAUCACGGACUCUCAGAAGAUCUGAUUACCAAGAUGUUUGACUAUACCCGCCAAUUCUUCUCUCUCUCUCUGGAGGAUAAGAUGACCGCCAAACAUCCCCCUGCGGCAAAUCCCAAUCGUGGAUACAGUUUUGUUGGUCAGGAAUCAAUCUCUUCCAUUAGUGGUUAUGACAAAGGCCUCCCUCAAGGAAAGUCAGUCCGGGAUAUCAAGGAAACGCUCGACAUGGGUUCCCCACACGACAGCCUUGUGGACAAUAUUUGGAUUGCCGACGAGAAACUUCCCGGCUUCCGUAAAUUUAUGGAGGAUUUCUAUGCAAUGUGCUUCGAGGUUGAGUUGGAGAUUCUUGACGCGUUGGCCGAGGCCCUUGAGAUCUCAGCAUCAGAUCUCAAACUCUUACACAACAAGGCUGAGAAUGAAUUCCGCCUGCUUCAUUAUCCAGCUAUACCGGCAUCGGAACUAGAAGAUGGAAGCGCCACGAGAAUUGCAGAGCAUACAGACUUUGGCACCAUUACCAUGCUGUUUCAAGAUUCCACAGGGGGCUUACAGGUCGAAGACCAGCAAAAUUUGGGUACCUUUCAUGAUGUUGAGUCAGGGGGCAAGUCGGAAAUUAUUCUGAACAUUGGUGACUCUCUUCAGCGCCUGACCAAUGAUACAUUCAUGGCUGCCUGUCAUCGGGUUACCUAUCCUCCCACCGUCAAUGUGGAUUCUGACGAGAUGAUCCCUGAGCGCUAUUCCGUUGCUUACUUCGCGAAGCCAAAUCGUGUCGCUUCCUUGUUUCCCUUGCAGAAAUUUAUCACACCGGCUACUCCGUGCAACUAUGAGGACAUUACGGCCUGGGACUACAACAAUAUGCGAAUCGCGAAGUUGUUCACCUAA